AAUUACAUUUACAUUAUACAACAGUUUAUAUUUGGGUUUAUAAGCAUUUUAAUGGAAUUGAUAACAAAAACUACCUGGUGGUCAGUAUAUGUGGGAUCAGUGUGUAAGCAUUUUGCCUUCUGCAUGAGUGAUAAGCCUACUGUGAGUUAAUACAGAUGCACGGUGAAUUUACUAGUUUGUAAGCUCAGUUUGAAAAGUGCACAAUGCCAAGACUUAAGGCAAAAAAGAAGUCUAACAAUCAGUACUGACUGCUGUGAUAAAUAUAAUAUCUGCUUAACACCAUCUAUAGAGAAUACCAUCAGAAGGGCAACUGCUAUCUGUCAGGGUUCAUAAAAAACUGUAAUUUGACUAUCAUUUCUAGUAAUAAUUCAAAUAUGAAAUUGUGGAUGUGCACUACUGUUUUCUAACACAUUUUUAAAAUUUACAGUACCCUAAUAAAAUACUGUUUAACAUUACUAUGUAAAUGUUGUAGAUAUUAAUGAUUUCCUAUUACUAAAUAUGUCUUUACUUGUACACCACAGAAGAUACCAGUGCAAGCGAGGAACUCUACAGUAAGGUCAGAGUGCUUUGUUGGAUCAUGACUGGACCAUCAAACCUACAGACCAAAGCAAUUCAUGUGAAGAAUACAUGGACCCGUCACUGCAAUGUAGCACUAUUCAUGAGCUCCGUCACCGAUAAAGAAUUCCCUACAAUUGGCCUUGGAACUGGGGAAGGCAGAGACAAACUUUACUGGAAAACAAUACGUGCCUUCCAUUAUGCACACAAGUACUACCUGAAUGAGACAGACUGGUUCCUCAAGGCAGAUGAUGAUACAUAUGCAAUAGUGGACAAUUUGAGAUGGAUGCUUUCAAAUUAUACCCCUGACCAGCCCAUUUACUUUGGGAAGCGCUUCAAACCUUUUUUCAAGCAGGGCUACAUGAGUGGAGGAGCUGGCUAUGUUCUUAGCAGGGAAGCCCUUAUUCGCUUUGUAGAAGGUUUCCGUACUGGUAUUUGCAGACACAUAACCCCAACAGAAGAUGUUGCAAUGGGUAACUGCAUGCAGCUAAUGGGAGUGAUAGCUGGGGACUCAAGGGACACAGAGAAAAGAGAGACCUUCAACCCAUUUGCCCCUGAAAGCCAACUUACUGUGAAAUAUAGUGAGCAUAAAGAAAACUGGUACUGGGUCUACUGUUUCUACCCUAUUGUGGAGGGCCCCCAGUGCUGCUCAGAUCUGGCCAUAUCCUAUCAUUAUAUUAGUCCUGAACUCAUGUACACUUUGGAAUAUUUUACAUACCAUUUCCGGCCAUAUGGAUACCAAUAUCGUUACCAGCCACCGUUACCAGAGAAUGCGCACAACCUCCCUGUUCACGUUCAGAAUGAAGCUAUAAAACCUAAUGGAACCAUAGCUGACUUUCAUAACACGCCUUGAAUUCCAGAGACUUAAUGGGAAUUCGGACCUACUGUAGUAUGAUGUAGAACAAAGCAUCCUGUGAUAUUUUAUAUUUUGUUCUUACACUUUUUGUGGUUUACUAUGUAUCAUUUUUGGUCUGCAACUCUCCCCAGUUUGGAAUUGUAACUAAUAAUUUGCUGGUUAACUGGUUUUAGAAAUGAAGCACUUGUCAGAAUGAAGAAUGUUUAGAGGAGUCCUCAACAUCUACAAAAGCAGUAAAAAAAAUAGUUCUAACAAUAAAACCUAGAUGCACACAAUUGAAAGGCAAUAGCCAAAUUAUUUGUAUUAUUUGCAAUAUGCCCAUUUAAAACUUCAGAUUUAAUGCCUAUGUAAUGUGAUAAAAGACAUUACCCCAUGUAUAAUAAGUUUGCCCAGGAACUGUAACCCAUGGCAACCAAUACAUUUUCUUUU